UUUCUCUGUUUAAAAUGCUUUUGUUUGGUUCAACAAGUCUGACGUGAGGCCCCUUCUUCUCUUUCUCUACUUAUUAUAUAUUCACUUCUUCACUCUCUUUUCUUCUCCAUUCCACUCUUCUAUUUUUUUCUCCAUAAUGGCCAAAUUUUGCUUCUUUCUUCUUUUUAUCUCUCUUAUUUUCAUCCCCUGUGCUCUCUCUCGCUCCUUAUCAUCAUCUUCACACCCACACUCCCAAUUCUUUGACGUUGCAAAAUCCCUUGAAAAAACCACUCAAGUUCUCUCUCCCACUACUUUUCAACAAGAAGCUAUUAAAACUACCCAUUUUAACUCUUCUUCAAUUUCUGUUUCAAUAUAUCCACGUUCAGCUCUAGUAAAACCCAACCAUAAAGAUUAUUCAACUCUAACUCUAUCUCGACUCGAACGUGACUCAACUCGAGUUACCUCACUAACCAUGAAACUCCAGUUCUCUCUCUCCAACUUUACUCACUCCGAUCUUAAACCGGUUAAUAACAUGUUACAGCCUGAAGAUCUUCAAACCCCAAUUACUUCCGGUGCUAGUCAAGGAAGCGGUGAAUAUUUUACUCGUCUCGGUUUAGGCGAACCUGCUAAAGAAUUCUACAUGGUUCUUGAUACUGGUAGUGAUAUAACAUGGGUUCAAUGUGAACCGUGUUCUGAUUGUUAUCAACAGUCGGAUCCAAUUUACAACCCCUCGGGUUCUACAACUUACAGUCGGAUCUCCUGUGACGCAGCACAGUGUACGGCACUUGAGGUCUCAGCUUGUGGGACCCAGUCUUGUUUGUAUCAAGUGUCUUAUGGUGAUGGUUCGUUUACUGUUGGAGAGUUUGCUACUGAAACGGUGUCGUUUGGGAAGUCUGGUUCGUUUCCUAAAGUUGCUGUAGGUUGUGGACAUGAUAAUGAAGGGUUAUUUGUCGGUGCUGCUGGUUUGCUUGCUUUAGGUGGUGGCGCUUUAUCACUACCUACUCAAAUCAAAGCGUCGUCUUUUUCGUAUUGUCUUGUGGAUCGUGAUUCUGCUUCAUCGUCAACGUUGGAAUUUAACUCGGCCCGGCCCGGUGCCUCGGUAACCGCGCCGUUACUACGUAACUCGAGAAGGAGCACUUUCUUCUACGUCGGACUCACCGGAAUUAGCGUUGGAGGGAAGAUGCUUUCGAUUCCCGCGUCGGUGUUCCAGAUGGACGGGAGCGGUAACGGAGGUAUAAUUGUGGACUCAGGAACGGCUGUGACUAGGUUACAAAGCAGCGCAUACAACGCUCUACGUGACUCGUUCAGGAAAUUGACUACGAAUUUGCCUUCCGGCGGGCAAUUCGCGCUGUUCGACACUUGCUACGACUUAUCGUCGAUGAAAAGAGUGAGUGUUCCGACGGUGGCGUUUCAUUUCUCGGGCGGUAAAUCGCUGCCGUUGCACCCGAAGAAUUACCUCAUACCGGUAGACUCGGCGGGAAAAUUCUGCUUGGCUUUUGCUCCUACGGAAGGGUCGUUGUCUAUUAUUGGAAACAUACAGCAACAAGGGACACGUGUCAGUUAUGACCUGGCUAACAACCUUGUUGGAUUUAGCCCCGACAAUUGUUAGUAGGAAAUGGAGAUACAAAUUUAGUAGUAACAUCUCCAGUAACUAACUGCUUUUACCAAUAUCAAUUAUUGUAAAAAGAUUAAAAGCAGGACUUUGUUGGAGGAGGAAAGGAAAAAAGAAAAAUAAAGGGUAGGUGAUUGAUUAUUAAGUUAUUUAUGGUUGAUAGGGAUAGGGUUGCUUUUUUAUUUUUAAAUUCUGAAUGAAAUGGGCGUAGUUUUUUAAUACUCACAGGAAAUAGUAAGGUGAGAGAUUGAAAAGUUGUUGGGAAUGA